GGGGCUCCGCAGUCCAGCUUGUAACCUGGUCCUCGACAGGGGCCCGGCCCAUGGGGAAUGUUGAGAUUUUGUUUCCAACGGACACAUUCAGUCGUGCUGGAAAUACUUAGACCGAACCAAGGGCGAUCGCAACUUCUUCUCUGCGCACCUCUUCACAUCACAAUCAUCCCGAUAUCCGUCUUUCCCCAAGAACAUUGCAAAUGGCCAUUCUAAAUCGACAAAAAAGAACUGAUCGAAAGCAUGCUGAGGCAGCUGUUGGUCCAGCCCUUGCUGCACUACUCCCUGAUGACCCAAGACCAUGGUGGCGUGUUAGCCACCUCAUCCAACUCAACUUAUGUCUAAUUGUUCCCCUUCUUUCCUCAACAACUUUAGGAUAUGAUGGGUCUAUGAUGAAUGGCCUCCAAACCCUCCCGCAAUGGCGCCAAUUCUUCGGUAACCCUGAAGGUGCGCUCUUAGGUCUCAUGAAUGCUGUCUACCCGUUGGGCAAGGUGUUUGGGAUGAUCGUGGUCACAUACGUCUCUGAUCGGUGGGGUCGAAAGCUGUCACUUCUUGUCGGCCUGGUCUCGUGCAUCGGCUUUGCUAUUAUGCAAGGUCUUUCACAAAACCUCGCCACAUUUGUGACUGCCCGAGCCCUAUUGGGCUUCGCUACGUCGUUCAUCAGUCAACCGAGUCCUAUCCUCGUAUCAGAAGUGGCCUAUCCAACGCAUCGCGGCAAGAUAACGGCCAUGUACAACACGUUCUACUAUUUUGGUGCAAUAUUUGCCGCCUGGUGUACCUUUGGAACAUUCAAGAUAACGAGUACCUGGAGCUGGCGCAUUCCUUCGUUGCUACAGGGAGCUAUACCUGCGUUCCAGUUGGCGGGUCUCUACUUUACACCCGAGUCUCCAAGAUGGCUCAUCUCUAAGGGUCGCACUGAAGAUGCCCGGAAGAUUCUAUCUACGUACCACGCUGGCGGCAGUCUUGACAGUCCCUUGGUAAACUUUGAAAUUUCCGAAGUCCAACAGGCCAUUAGUGCCGAGGCACAAGAGCUAUCGUCCGCAUCCUGGCUGGAUCUAGUAGCCGGAGAAGCUAAUCGCAAACGCGCCCUGAUUGCAGUCAUCGUGGGCUGGUUUUCUCAAUGGUGUGGCGUCGCGGUGACUUCGUAUUACCUCGUACUCGUCCUAAACACAAUCGGCAUCACGGACGUUAAGGAUCAGACGCUUAUCAACGGGAUUCUCCAGAUUUUCAAUUGGGUCGUAGCGACAUUUCUUGGUGCCCUCAUGGUAGACCGACUGGGCCGCCGACCGCUAUUUCUCAUCUCUACAGCGGGCAUGCUCGGAAGUUACAUCGCCUGGACCGGCCUCACUUCCUUCUUCGCACGCACUCAAAACGAAGGCGCAGGCCGUGCUGUGGUCGCAUUCAUUUUCAUUUUCUAUUUCUUCUACGACAUCGCUUGGACACCCCUUCUUCAAGCGUAUCCGGUUGAAAUUUACCCCUUCACUCUGCGCGGCCGCGGCCUCUCGCUUACCUACAUCACGGCCUCCACCGGUCUCAUUGUAGGAAAUCAGGUCAAUCCUAUCGCCAUGAAGGCCAUUGGAUGGAAAUACUACAUCGUGUUCUGUUGCAUCCUGGCCGCACUUUUCGGUGUCAUCUACAUCUUGUUCCCGGAGACUAAAGGUCGCACCCUGGAAGAAAUUCGCGAGGUAUUCGAUGGCUCCACAAGCGUGGCCAGUGAGAAGAUCGAUCCUGAAUCAGAGCAGCCCGACAGGAGUGAUGAUCGUCAGGAUACGAAGGGUGGAAACGUCGAGGAGAUUGAACGUCGUUAGAUAUCAAAAGGCUUUAUUAUACAACGGCUUAUGUGCCACGAUACGAAGUCAUGCCACC